AUGUCACGUGAACCAUUGCUGAAAACCUCAGAGGUAAGCCCCAAGAAAGGGUGGGCAAUUUGCUCUUGGAUCAUUUAACGGAAAGGAGAGUAGAAAGGUAAUUCAUAGAAUCAUAGAACUGUAGAGUUGGGAGGGGACCCAGGGGUCAUCUAGUCCAACCCCCUGAAAUUCAGGAAACACAGUUAAAGAAUCACUGACAGGUGGCCACCCAGCCUCUGCUUUAAAAUCUCCAGGAAGGAGAGUCCACAACUGUUGAACUGCUCUUACUGUCAGAAAGGUUUUCCUGAUGUUUAGUCAGAAUCUCCUUUCUCAUAACUUGAAGCCAUGGGUUCGAGUCCCGCCCUCCAGAGCAGGAGAAAACUGGUGAUUGGUGGUGGCAGCCGGCCGGAGACUGGCAUUGGCGCUUGGGGGUGUGAUUGGUGUCUGCGUCAAGGCCUGCUUACGAUCGGCUGCGGCAAUUGGGCGAUUGGUUAGCGGCAGUGGCGAUGCUUGCGUGCAAUUGUGUGUGGUUUUGUGUAGUGUGCGGGAGGACUUAUGGCAGUGAGCAUGCAGACAAUUGGUGGCUGUGGCAAUCCCCCCCCCAUUUUUUGUCGCAGUCCCCCCAAAAAGGGGUCAUCUUAUACAAGGGGGCGUGUUAUACACAGAAAAAUACGGCAUCUCUGUUUCUCAGGGUCUGUGCACUUUGCAAAAAGUGAAGCCUCAGAGCUCUGAGAAGAUUCAGGGGAGUUGUUCUUAAAGAAGAGCAGUGGGUGAUUUAAUAAUAAUGAUAAUAAUAAUAAUAAUAAUAAUAAUAAUAGAUUUAAAAGCAUUUCUCAACUAGCACCAAAUUAGUGUUCAAGUUUGCAAACCGAAGGCUGCUCUGGACUAACCUUAAACUAUCACAAAUAUUUCAGGCAGAUGAAGAUUCCGUCGGAGAAGGUAAGAAAGAAGGCAAAACAUCACAUUUUGGGGGAGAAAUCUACAUUAGCUAUUGUCUCACAAACAUUAUUUAUCCCUUCCUCCAUUUUUAAUGGUUCCAGUUGAAACCGCACCAGUAUUCCCAGCUCUCCCCUUCCUGAAGGUUACAGGGGGCAGACGAUUCCCUGGUUACAACAGCUUCUCUGGCUACCCAUCAUUUCCCAGGCAAAAUUCAAGGACCUUUAAAGCCCUUUACAGCUUAGGUCCAAGCUAUCUGAAAGACUGUAUUCCCUCAUAUGAACCGGCUUGGAUUUUAAACGAUACCAACUAUACGAAUGUCAUGAUCUACAGUGAUAAACCAUCUGAAAAAUUCAGAUUGUCACCCCUGUUUGCAGCCUGGCAAAUUCUUAUGGGAGAGGACAGUCCUUCAGAUAACCUGGGUCUAAGCUGUACUUGGCACAAUCAGCACAGUUUUCCUUCCACUGCAUUCCAGCUUCCAACAAAAACUACCUGAUUCGUCUUGCUAUCCACCAUGGCCAAAUGUAACAUGCUAAAUUUCCCCAGAUGAACCGGCCCGGUUCCUGCAAUCAUCCCUUGAGAUCCUUCUUUGUGCGUCUCCUCUUCAAGAGGUCCGGAGGGUGGCAACCCAAGAACAGGGCCUUUUCUACAGUGGCUCCCCAUUUGUUGAAUGCUCUCCCUGGGAGGCCUGCCUUGUGCCUUCAUCGCAGAUCCUUUAGGUACCAAGAGAAAAAGUUUCUCUUCAGCCAGGCCUUUGGCUGAUUAACUUUCUAUGGCCUUUUAAAUGUGUUUGUGGGAACGGGGUUAUUGGUUUGUUUUUGUCCUUGUUUCAUUAUGUUUUUAGUUUUCUCGUUUCGUAUUUUUAUGAUGUGAAAAGCCCUGUACUUUUUGGAUGAAGGGUGAAAUACAAAUUUAAUAAAUAAUAAUAACCAGGGCAUUUUUUCAGCUGGAGCUCAGCUGUGGUACCUCUCAGGUGUGUUAGUGUUACAGAACAAGGGAGAAGUUUUUGGUGAGCUCCAGCACACUCUUUUUUUCUACAAAAGUAGCACGGAUCAUAACGGAUGUUGUGACUAAUUACACAAUACCACACCGUUCAUUUCAACACAAAGGCCACUAAUUUUAAGGGAAUGGAAAUACAGUGGAACCUCGGUUGUUGAACACCUCCGUAGUCAAACAUUUCGGGUUUUGAAUGCCGAAAACCCGGAAGUAACUGCUCCAGUUUUCAAAUGAUUUUUGGAAGCUGAACACGCUACGUGGCUUCUUUUUUGAGUUUCCCUAUUGUACUGAGGCUUCCGUAUUGAGUUUUCGGUUUUCAAACGUUUUGGAAACAUUCUUCCGGAACUGAUUACAUUCGAAAACCAAGGUACCACUGUAUCAGACAAGCAGCAGAAGCAAAUCCCCAUCCUAUUCUCCUGCCAGAUUUCCAUCCCAAACAACAAACAGGUGAGCUGCUGCCAUUUUCACCCCCUCUGCUUCGCUGGACAGCAGUGAGGUGUUGCGUUGAAUAUCAGAAAAGGGUUGACGUUCACCUGGAGAGAACUCGAGCCCUGUGGUUGCUGAUCUCCUAUUCUCUAACAUCUCCUCCAUUGCUCACAGGAGAAGACAGAGAACUGAGGAUAAUCCUCGUCGGUAAAACAGGCUGUGGGAAAAGUGCCACGGGAAACACCAUCCUUGGCCGGAAAGAAUUCGUGUCGGCGCUUAGGCCAGGAACAACAACUGUGACCUGCCAAAGAGGCCAGGGGACCUGGAAUGGCAGGACUGUCUUGGUGGUGGACACAGCAGAUAUUUUGAGCUCAGGUGCCUUCAGUGAUGAAGAAUUAGCAGCCGAGAUCAUCCGUUGCAUUGAGCUGUCCAGGCCUGGUCCCCACGCUCUGGUUUUCGUGACUCAGGUGGGCCGUUUCACAGCAGAAGAUGAGGCGGUAGCGAAGCAAGUCCAGGAUGUCUUUGGCUUGGAGGUCACCAAGCACAUGGUGGUCUUGUUCACCCGCAAAGAAGAUCUAGGUGGAGGCUCCUUGCGGGAUUAUGUGGGGUGGUCAGAGAACAAGGCUGUCAAGGAGCUGAUGGGGAAAUGGGGCCGGCGCUUCUGCGCUUUCAAUAACAGGGCAGAAGGGGAAGAGAGGGAGGAGCAGGUCUCCGAGCUGAUGGACAUGAUCCACGACAUGGUUCAGGAGAACAGAGGAGGCUAUUACAUCAACGAGCUGUAUUUGGAGCCCAACAUAACCAAUGCAGAUCUCAGGAGUUACAUGAUAGGAAACCGAUGGGCCAGGCAAAGAGCAGAGCAGGUUUCUGGCAGGAGGCAGAAUGUACCGCGUCUCGUGGCAGAUUGGUUGUUGGUCGCUACGGGGAUUGCAGUUGGGUGCACUUUGCUGGGGUACAUUAUUUGGCGUGUGUUUUCUUACUUUCAAGUUGGGUCAUCUGCCCCCUAA